UAGGGGCGCUGGAAUGGCCAGUGGGAGUAAAAAAUGCUCCAGUAUCAGUGGGAUCUGUGAAAGAAGGAAUAGUGCCCCAUCAUUGGUAUCAUUGGGAGGAAUAGUGCCCCAUCAUUGGUAUCAUUGGGAGGAAUAGUGCCCCAUUAUUGGGAGGAAUAGUGCCCCAUCAAUUAUUGGGAGGAAUAGUACCCCGUCAUUGAUAUUAGUUGAAUAAAUAGUGCCCCAUCAUUGGCAUUAUUGGGAGGAAUAGUGCUCCAUCAAUGGUAUUAGUUGGAGGAAUAGUGCCCUAUCAUUAGUAUUGGAUGAUUAGUACCCAACUGUUUAUAUCAGUAGGAGAAAAUAUGUCCCUUUGCUGGUGUCAGUGGGGGAAAAAUGCCCCAUCAUUGGUGGCAGUGGAAAGAAAAAAUGUCCUAUUGUUAGUGUCAGUGAGAGGAAUGGUCUCUACUGUUGGUGUCAGUGGGAAGAAUGGUGCCUCCUUGUUGGUGUCAGUGGGAGGAAUG